AUGUUUCCAAAAUUUUUAUUUUUUGUUUGUCUUUUUUCUUGUUUCAAUUUGUUUUGUGUUGCGCCCCCUCCAACAGCUUCAACUUCCCAAGUAACCGAAAAACAAAUAAAUAAAGAAAUUGUUGAGUUAAUUGAAAAGAUAACAGAAAAACCCUCGUUGUUUUAUGAAUUGGUAGAAAAAGCGGAGUUUGUAGGAAUAUUCUCUUCAAAGAUGGAAGGAAUAGAUGUGAAGAAAAUAUUUACAAAAACAAUUAUGGAUAAAUUAUCAGAGAAAGAAAAUAAUGAAUUAUGGAGCUUGAUAUGGGGAAUACUAGAAAAGUAUGAUAAAAUAUUAAAAAUGCUAGCGGGUUUUUGGAAUGAUAAAUGUAAAAUUGAUAAUGAAAAUAAGCAAAAACUUGGUCAUAAAAAUAUGGAAAAUCCAAAGGUUUUGCCAAAAAUUCAUAAAGAUGAUAAGCAUAAAGAAAAAGAACAUGAAGUUGGGUCCUCUUUACCUGCUAUUGCCCCAGAUGAAAUUUAUGACGAUUUAUACAUUGCAUUACAAAAUAUUAAAGAGGAUCAUUUUACACCUAAACCAUGUAAAGCAUUGAUGGUUGUCGAACCUCCUAAAAAUCAGUCUAAUGACGAUUCUACUUUGAAGCUUCCUUCCAAAGAGGAACAUCAUGAUACAAAAACUAAUAAUUCUAUAGCCGAUUUCCACAAAAUGUUCAAGUCGGUCUUCGAUCGCUUCAAUGCUAAUUAUAAAGACCAUCAUGAAACCGUAAAUGAAUGUGUUCAUCCCAUAAAAGAAGAAACUAAAAAAGACCACCAUGGAACUCAUAAAACCCCUGACGACUCUACUUUGAAGCUUCCCCUUAUUAAACAAGAAAGUAAAGGAGAACAUCAUGGACAACUUAAUCCAUCUAAAACUCCUAAAAAUUUAUUUUAUGAUUUGAAGCCUCUGGUCAUUAAAGAAGGAAGUCAAAAAAAGCAUCUUGGAAAGAAGACUCCCGAAGACCCUUGUAGUGAAGGUUCUAGCUCGAAGCCUUCUCCAGGUAAAGAGGAAAAUCUAGGAGAACAACAUAGAAUCCAUCCUCCUUCCCCUCAUCCGGAAAACACUGAAGAAGAGAAUAAGGAGGAUAAUGAAUGGUUUAAGGUUGAUCCUAAUUUACAUUUGGAAGAAUUUUUUGAAGAAGAAAAGGAAAAGGAGGUAGAUGAUUGGAUUGAACCCCCAAAUUUUAUGUAGAAUAUUUUAUUCAGUUUUGAUUUUAUGUAACUUUUGAAAAUGGAAAAAAAUUUUUUUGACAAUUAAUUAUAGAUUAUAUUUUAAAUUUAAUUUUAAGUUACAUCUUAUGCCUUUUUGUAAAUUUAGUCUUUUUUUCGAUUUUCAAUUCUUUUGAAGGUGCUUGUAUAACCUGUAUUAAUUGCCCUCUCUCAAACAAUUACCCCACUUCCAUUAAUUACCCCAACUAGCGAUAGAUUGAAACGAUAAUUACCCCCAAACAAAUGCCCUAAAACUAAAGUUUGACGCCGAACCCGUUCCCGAACGAUUAUUCACAUUUAUCCCCGACCCGAACCUGCCCAAAAAAAGUGAAAACCCCGUCCCCCUACAUACUCGUCCUCGAGCGUUCGGAGUCAACCCUUACCUAAAACGCGUCCAAAUUUACCCUCUCUUGUAUAAUUACCCUCCCUCGAUUAAUUACUC